UGACUAUAACCUUAAUUUAACAAACUGAGAUGAGUAAUAAUAGAAAUAUUAUUUUGUAUAUGCAAAUGAAAGCGUGGAAAGUUUCGGUAGGCGGUCAUAUUCCACAUCAGUGACGGUGAACACACAUUAUAUAAAGAGAAGUUGAUUACUGCACGUUUUAAUUGAUCGUGAAAUUCGGCUGCUGUUGGAUUUAAAUCAGCUUUUACUUUAGAAAACUUCAGAACAGGACAACAUCGAAAGCAAAAUGGAAGCGAUAGGAGAUCUCUGUGAUGGAAGAAGAGAGGAGCUCUUCCUCUCUGCGGAGGGGAGGUAGCCUCAGUCGCCUAGCAUCUAACAGUCGUCUGGCAAAUUCUACAUUCGUCAGUCGUCAAAGGCAGCUGCUUGAGGGGCACGCAAUAGAGGGCGGUGAGGUGAAAAAAGGUGAAAGAUAUAGCCCACAAUUUCAGCAAACAUUAAAAUCUGAGGCAUUACAAAACAGUGGGAGAUGUCAGGGUGUUGAAGAGGAUUCACCUAGAAGUGAUGUGAGUACUCGCAGUGAUCUUAGUGACAAAAUCCUGCAAGUGGCUCAUGAGAUUGUGAAGGCCACUGACCAGGUCAUUAACCAUACUGAUGGUGAAAGCUCUAAUUUAGGCAAGACAGAUGGGGGAAUAGGAAAUGCUGUAGGAAGUACCUCUGGUAGUAGAAGAGAGGCAGAAAUUUGUAAUAGUUUUGGAUUUACUGAUACUAUUGUAGAUUCACCAGGAACACGAAGAAAACCAAUAAGAAAUGUACUUGUGAAAUCAAGAACAAACCCAAAUUUGAAUGAUGUGGAUGUAGCAGAUAGUCAGCAUCCGAGACAACAAAUAAAGGACAGAUUCAAAACGAGUACACCAAAACACCUUCCAUCAGAAAUAGCACGGAAGAACAGGCAGGUUAUACAGUCACUGCGAGAGAGGCCGUUAUCUGCGGGAUCCUACUCAAGCAGACAACAACCCUACAUUAAAAGCACUCCACCUGCGGGACUUGAUACAUCACUCAAACUAUCCUUAAAAGGUCUCUCUGAUUCAGAUGAAGAUGACAUCGAAGACUUUGAUGACAAACAGUUUAAAGACAAUGAAGCUACUGGAAAGCUAGAUAAUUUUGCUCUUAGAGACAAUCAAGUGGAGGUCAACUCACCAUUUGCAAAUAGAAGAGACAGUGACAGUAGUAUAGUUAAUGAAACAUCAAGUAAACAUAUUCCAGUUAUUAAACAGGGUUUGAAAUUGAAAACAUUUUCAAAUGAAAGCUUAUCUGAAACAUCAGUUGCAUCCAAUGAAGUAGUAAAGACAUUGAAGAGAACAUCAUCAGGCAGAAAAUUGCCAAUUCCAAAUUCUAAACCUAUUAGACCUUUGAAAACAUGUGAUUCUGAAAGCAGUUUCUUGUCCAUAUUGAAAGAUGGAAGCACAGAGUAUGUAGCAUUAGAUUUGCCAAAGUCUUCAAGUUUUGGUCUUUCCAGUAAAUCUGAUCAACUAAAGGAUAUAAAUGGUGUAGAAACAACCAUGAACAGCACAAGUAAAUCAUCAGUGAAGAAAAGCGCAGAUAGACAGGGUGUUGGAAAUAAUAUUCUAUCAGUUGGACAUGAAGGAAAAACUAAUGUCAAGUCCCCAUCUGGGGACAGAACAGCAAAACCUCCGUUGGAAAGAAAAUCAAGCAGGGGAGUUAUUCCAGGAGCUGUCCCAUCUUCUCCGAGGAAGUCAGUAGCCUCCCCACGGAAAGUGUUGGCAGCCUCCCCCAGAAAACCAGCCUCACCCAGGGUGUCAGGCUCCCCAAGAGUUUCAAACUCACCCAGAGGCCUGCAGCCCUCACCCAGGGGUAUUCCCAUAGUACAGGCAAGGGCCUCCCCAAGAGACGCUACGGACAGAACCACUCCACGUGGACAUAUUGAUAGAAAAUCUAGCAGAGAAAAUCUCAAAACUGUUGACAAUACUGAUCAUAGAAAGAGACAAACUGGCAACUCCCAAAGUGAAGGUGCCUUGCAAAAUGGAACUAAUGUAGAAGUCAAUACAAGGCGUAGGACAUUAAGUGGUGGAAGUUUGGUCUCACCUCGACCUGGCUCUCCAUUGAAGGGGCGCUCUCAGUUGGUGGUCAAUGGGGCCCUGCAGGGCUCUCGUAUUGAGGAGGAGCCUGUCCCAUCCCGACCCCGCCUCACACGGCAGGACAGCUGCCAGCAGAUGGACCUCCAGCAAGCCAUUGACACAUUCAGGGUGCAAGAUUCCCUGGUCUCACAGGCACGAUCAGAGACGGAGGUGCAGUCAGAGAAGACAUGGAUGGAUGCCGAGCGUGUGUGGCUGGUGCACAAGGGCGGGUUUGCCUCUGCCAGUCAGCUGAGGGGGGAGGGACAUGGGGUGCCAGAGGGCCGUGUCAAGAUCCGCCUCGACCAUGGUGGUGAAAUUCUGGAGGUGGAUGAGGAUGAUGUUGAAAAGACCAAUCCUCCCCAACUGGACCGUGCAGAGGACCUUGCCCUGCUGAGAUUUCUGAAUGAGUCAAGCUCCCUGCACACAGUCCGUCAGCGGUACGGGGGUAACCUCAUACACACAUAUGGCGGACCUUCGCUCAUCAUUGUCAACCCCAUGCAGCCUCUUCAGAUAUACUCAGAAAAGGUAAUUCAGAUGUUCAAGGGCUGCAAGCAGGAGGACAUGCCCCCACACAUCUUUGCUUCUGCUCAGAUUGCGUACAGGGAGAUGCUGAACACGCGCCAGGAUCAGUCUCUGGUUCUGACGGGGCGCAGUGGUGGCGGCAAGUCAUACAAUGCCCAUCACCUGCUCCAUUACCUCGCCACAAGUGCUGGGUCUGUUGGCGGGGUCCUUACUGUUGACAAAUUGAAUGCAGUAACAGUGUUGUUAGAGGCCUUUGGCAACAGCCGCACAAUCUUGAACACCUCAGCCAGCAGAUUUGCUCAACUCACAACCAUGGACUUCGACCACAAUGGCCAGAUUGUCUCUGCAGCCAUACAGGUGUUGUUGUUUGAAAAGACACGUGUGGUCCGGCGGCCGGAGGGAGAGCCCACUUUCCAUGUGUUCUACCAGCUGCUGGCUGGUGUAGAUUCCAAACUUAGAUCUGAGCUCCAGCUGAACAAUUUGUCGGACCCAAAUCUUUUCAUGACUCCUCUGCAAAAGGCAGAGGAUAAGCAAAGAGCUAUGCAAUACUGGGCACGAAUCUAUGCUGCCAUGGAGAAGGUUGGCAUGACUGAGGAGGAGAUUAGAUCCAUAUGCUCUGUUCUUGCAGCCAUUUACCACCUUGGGGUAGCCGGUGCUUCUAAAGGAAACAACAACAAGGGUCAGUUUGCUCGCCCAGCUGGUGCCCAGAAGGCUGCCUCCCUGCUUGGAAUCUCCCCAGAGGAACUGGCCCGGAACAUUUUCUCCUCCUCGGGCACUGCCACCCUUGGGCGUACCACCUCCAUGAGAAACAGCCCUGCCGACAAGGGUGCUGAGGCCAACACAACUGCCAUGGAGGCCCUGGAGGGAUUUGUUAUAGGACUGUACUCUGAUGUCUUUAAUGCCAUUGUGUCACUUAUCAACAGAUCCUUGUCAUCAAACUUCCGGUCAAUGUCAUCCAUUACUGUGGUGGACAGCCCGGGCUUCCAGAACCCUGCAACGUGUGGGCGACAGACAGGUGCGAGCUUUGAGGACCUCUGUCACAACUACACGCAGGAGAAACUCCAGCUUCUCUUUCAUGAACUUGUAUUCACAACACCACAGGACAGAUACAGCCAGGAAAACAUUGAGUGUGACUUUGAGUUUGUGACUACUUCUCCGGCUGCAAUGGUGUCCCUGAUAGAGAAACCUUCACAACAGUCCUUGGGAAAUUUUACAAGAGGCAAUAAUGAGAAAGUGAAACCACACCUUUGUGAACAAAUCCCCUGGAAUGGUCUCCAGAAUAACGACAUGAAUGAUCUCAAGCGACCAUCCAGCUACUAUGAGGACACAAAUCAUUCCCAUUCAGUAGAUGGCACCACGAGGUCCUCUGAACAGUAUCAUAGAAGCACCAGCAAUCCAAGCUUUAACUCUAAAAUACCUGUGAAAGUGACCUCGUUAAAAUGCAACCAGCAUUUAAACCCAACCUCCCCCACAGCUCGCAAUCAACAUGGCAACCAUUUUGGUGACCAUGAAGAGGUACGAACAUCAACGCCAGAGGUCCGUGAGGCAGAAAAGAAAGGGUUGCUAUGGAUACUGGAUGAGGAGGCCAUCUUCCCUGGGGCGACAGAGGACACAUUUAUGGAACGAUUCUUCACCUACCAUGGGGAACAGAAGGUCAAACGUGACAGCUUACUGCGGAAAGCGUCAUCUCUUGGUAACACGUUCAUCCUGAACCACUUCCAGGGCACAAACCCUGUACAGUAUAACGCUAGUGGCUGGCUUAAGGUCUGCCGGGAGAACCCCAUCGCCAAGGUGGCAACACAGGUUCUGCAGGACUCAAAGAAGGGCAACAUAAAGGAGCUGUUCAACAGCGUGAAAGCUCCGGUUGGUGGACUGGUCAGUGGUUCCAUUGUUGGUAUGGAGGGGUCCAAUACACUCCGACGCGUCGGCAGCAUGAGGAGAACUUUCAUGUCUGGGACAGCCGGCCUCAAGAAACGAUCCAUGUGUCUACAAGUGAAGUUCCAGGUGGACACUAUAAUAGAGACCCUGCGUAAGACAAAGUGCCAUUUUAUCCACUGCCUGCUGCCUCAGGCAAAUGCGGGCUUGUGUGAGUUAAGGAGCACUGCAGAACAGACUCAGGAUGAUAUCCUUAUGAAUGUGCCGCUGGUACGCGCCCAGUUCCGCGGAAAUGAGAUUCUGGAGUCUGUACGCAUACAUCGGCAAGGUUUUCCUGACCACAUCCCAUUUGGGGAGUUUAUACAGAAGUUUGAAGGUCUUGUUCCACCUGGGGUGAGACCGACACCGGACAUGAACGAGAAAUCUGCUGUGCUACAGAUCAUAGAGAAUCUGGACAUUGACAAGCUCAACUACCGCAUAGGGCUCAGCAAGGUGUUCUUUCGAGCUGGUGCGUUGAACCGGCUUGAGUCGUCGCGUGAUGAUCGAGUGACCGGCAGAAUCACUGCGUUCCAGGCGUACUGUCGGGGAUACACCGCACGUAAACGUCUCGAAAAACUAAGAGUUCAGCAUGUGGCCAUAAGUUGCAUCCAGAAGAACGUGCGCAAGUUUUACCAGAUCAGGGACUGGGACUGGUGGAAGCUGUACGUGAAGGUGAAGCCUUUGCUUAACGUUCACCGCACCGAGGAGGAACUCCAUGAUAAAGAGCUCGAGCUCGAGACAAUGAAGACAAAGCUCGAGAGAGUGGAGCGGGAACGAUCAGAGUACAAGCUGCAGAUGGAGAAAAUGGAGAACAGGGUGGUUGAGUUGACUGCUGAUCUUGCCGAAGAGAACACGACAGCCACCCAGGCCUCCGAGAUGCUGGAGACCGAAAACGCUGAGCGUAUGAGGCUCGAGAAAGAGCUCAAAGACAUCCAGGGUCGUUACAAUGCAUUGAAGCGUACCCAUGACAAAUUGGAGAUGGAAAUGUCCCAGAUGCGGCUCUGGCAGGCCGAAACACUGGAUGGUGAACUGGAGGAGGACGAAGUUGAUGGCGGUAUAUACAAGGAGCGGUAUGAUAAGAUCAGACGUGAGAUGGCGAUGUCCAAGCGGCAGAUUCAACAGCAGCAUGAAGAUGAGAUGGAACAGGAGCAUAGCGCCAAGAAGGUCCUCGAGAAACGGCUCCAUGAGGCCCUCGAAGAUUCCGAUGAUAUCCGUCGCCAGCUGGCCGCCGCCAAGAAGAAAGCCCAGAAGCUGAUGUUGGAGAUGCAGGACUCCAAACUGCACCUUGAGGAACAGAUGGCUCGCAACAAUGACCUUGAACGCAAACAACGCAGGUUUGACACUGAGUUGAGCAAGGCGCAUGAUGAAUCUCGGACAGAGAAGCAGAUGAAGGAAAAACUCCAGCGUGAACGAGAGACACUCGCCGCUGAUAAAUAUUCUCUAGAGAAAGAAGUGGAGAGACUGAAGGGAGAUGUGGAGUCAUCAGAAUCCAAAUACGAACGUAUCCAGAAGGAGCUUGGCGACACACUGACUUCCGUUGGUGUGAAGGAUGACCACGAGGUGGCAGCACUGAAGAGGGCGAAGGCUGACCUUGAGGCGAAGGUGAUUGACCAGGAAGAGGAACUGGACGACCAGGCUGGGCAGAUACAGCAGCUAGAACAGGCGAAGGUUCGACUAGAGAUGUCACUGGAGAAGGCAAGACAACAGAGCCUGAAGGAUGUGGAGGAGAAGGACCAGGAGAUGGAAGACUUACGCUUCAGCACACAGAAAAAGUUGAAGCAGAUGGAGAGCCAGAUUGAGGAGGAAUAUGAGGAGAGGAAAUUGAUGGUGCAGAAGACACGGGACCUGGAACAACGCCUACAUGACUUACAGGGGCAGGCUGCACUCAGGGACAAAGAUGCUGAGAAGCGUCUGCGUAGAGACCUACGGAGGACGAAGGCCCUGCUGCGAGACGCCGAGCUUGUGUUGCAGAAACAGAAGACCGGAGAAGGAUCAAAGGCUCAGGUCCGACAGCUUAGGAACCAGCUGGAGGACCUGGAGUUCUCUUCGGCGGCAGCCAUUAAGGCUAAGAAGACAAUGGAACUGGAACUGGCCGACCUGCAACAACAGUUGGAUGACCUCUUCAAGUCUAAACAGGAGACGGAGAACAAAAGCAUGUCAUUGCUGCGUGAGAAGACAGAGCUGCAGUCCCAGCUGGAAGAGAAUGAGGAGGACCUCGGUGAUGCGAUGAAGAAAUACAAGGCAGUCGUGCAGCAACAGUCACUUGACCACAUCACACUCAACGAUCAACUCCAGCAGAUUGAGGAACUUACUGUGGAGAAGGACAAACUCAGGUCUGAGGUGAAUGACCUGAAGUCUCGUGUACAGACGUAUGAGGAGAACAGUGUGGACAAAACUGUUGUCCAGAGGCUGGAAAACAAGAUCCGAGACCUGGAGACACGCCUUGAGCUAGAAACAACAAACAAACACAGGCUUGAGGUUCAGGUAACGCGGACCAAGGAGCAGUAUGACCGUACUAACGAGGAGAAGGAGCAGCUUGGCGCAGCUCGCAUACAUGCCGAGGAAAAUAUCAAGCGCGUACAGAGGCAGCUACGUGACUUACGUGAGGAAUUCUCAGAUGUGCAGAAACGCGAAAUGGAAAUGGCUCACAAAUACAAGGAAAAUGAGAACAAAGUUGCUGAAUUGGAGGGUGACUUUGAGCAGAACCAGUCAGAUCUAAAGUUGGCCUUCAAGAGAAUAUCUGACCUUCAGGCUGCCUUGGAGGAGGGUAUAGACACAGACUUCUCUGACAGUGAUGUAGAUGAUUCUGACUCGGAUGUGGGUUCAUAUUUGUCGAGUCAUAAACGUUCACCCCUUGUGCUGCGACAGCGGAGUUUCGACAGUGACAGCAGGUCCCGUCUUACAUCAUCUUCGUCCAGUGUCAUGACAGACAUCCCCUCUAGUCCCAGAUUAACUAAUAACCUUGAUCAUAGUGAGAUAUGACAGUAGAUGAAGUGUAAUUACAUCCUCCUUCUCCACCUAUCCGGGCAUGUGCAACUUUGGGCUCCAUUACAGCAGCUCUGACCCUGGCAGACCUUGACCAACACCCAAUGCAAGGUCACCACAGCCACGAAAACACAUAGGAACUGUUAUAUCUUACACAUUUAUUUUUUGUGGAACCACAUGGAUAUAGCUAUGUAAUGCAUGUAAUUAUUCUUCCCACAUUGAUGAGAAGUGAUAACGUGCUUAGAUGGAAGUAAGGACAUUAAAAAUAAGAGGGGAGAUAUUUAUUAUAAAUAUGCCAGUAUUGUGCCAAUAUAUCUAAUUGCAAGUGUAGUUUUUUUUUGUCCACACCCAAUAUGCAUUUGUUGGAAGUGUCUUUAAAUGUUCAUACAAAUGUAAUUUGAUGUUAUAGUUAACUAUUUCAAUAUUAAUUUAAUCUAUUCAGUAUUUUAGCUUUGUUAAUUGUAAGUAUUAUUUAAAGCACAAUAUUAUGUCAAGUCCCUUUGGAAUGGCAACAUUUUACCAUGGAUUUCAACUGAUCAUGUUGAUAAAAACGAUUGCAUCAGUUCUUGUGUACAUGUUUUUUGUAGCACCAUUCAUUGAUUCCUAACUGGAUAAAAAGGUAACUCCUUUAUGUACAAAUGACUUUUAAAUAGUGUAUGGAAUUAUCAUAAACUCAGCACAAAAUUGAUCUCUACUUUAACAGAACCUUGCUGGUGUAUGUGCAUUGGAAUGAUUGAACCAAGGUUAUUCCUUAUUUAGAAACAAAAAAAAUCAAGAAACAUCAUUUUCUUGGCCUACACAUCAAGAAACAGUUGCUGAAUUGUUACAAAACCUUGCUCAUGUCCACAAGAAGAGCAUUGGAAUGAUACAACCGAGGUUAUUUCUUAUAUGGAAAUAAAAAAGAAACAUCAAAUCAUUUUCUUGGCCUACACAUCAAGACACAGUUGAUGAAUUGUUACUAAACUUUGUAGUGAUCUUUUUCGCAUUCAAGAAACAAGGUACAAUGUACAUUUUUCAUUCAGAUUGUUCAGAAUUUAAUGUGUUAAUUCUUGUUCAGUUUUUAAGUAUUCAGUGAUCUGCAACUUAUGUGGAAAAAUAUGUUCUCUGCAGUAUUUAAAAAAAUAUUUCAGACAGCUUUUUCAGCUUUGCAAACUGGUUUUAUAUGUGUUGUCUAAAUAUAUGAGCUUAUCAUAAAGUAUUUUGAUUUUUAGAGUCAACAUUUGUGCUGUAAAUCAUGUUGCUAACUUUAACAAAUUUCCAAACAAUUAGCCUUGUUUGUGUAUGCUCGAUAAUUUCUCCUAUUAAAUGCUUCUAAAAGUUGUAUUUGGAAUACAGAUUUGACUAACAAACUUGGAUCUUCAUGUACUUAAAAUUUCAAUGUAUUGUUCUUCAAUGAAGUUUAUGCAUGAAACAACUACAAACUAACUGUAAAACUGGUAGUUUUCAAACUUAUAUUACAUGAGUUUCAUAAACUAUGGCCAUCAAAGCAAUGCUGGAGUUUAACAAGAUGCCCAUCUCUCAUGACAUGUUUCAAUCAAAAUACAGUCGACAGUAAACUUUGCUAGCUUGUAAUCAUCUUAAAUAUUUAUCUUUUGAUUACAUACCUGGGUCAACAUGCAUUGGACUCGUAAAAUGUUAUAACUAUAUAUAAUUUAUGCCAUUGCAGUUGCAUUUGUUUCAAGAAGUGUGAAAUGAUCUUUUAUACAUGUAAUAAUAACUAUUAACCGAGUGCUCUCUGUAUACAUGUUAUUUAUUGUACAUGUUUAAACCUAUAAAACAUGUAAUGAAAUGUUCAAGUGUAAUAAUUAAUUUUAAUAUUGUUUAAUGAGGAUAUAGAAAUAAAAUAUAAAAAUAAAAAACAA